AUGAUGCAUAUGCCGGCCACGGAGAUCCCAACAGACCCAAAUUGCUUCAAUGACAUCACUGGAUUGGUGCACUGCUUCGCUCGACGAGAAAGUGGAAAUCGCAACAAGAAAAUUGUCUUUUACCUGGAAGGUGAAGAGAAGACUCCUCCACGUCCCAUACUCAUCGCACAAAAGCAAAAGGAUGGAAAGUUCUACAUUUUUGCCGUGUCGACAGAAGAGGAUCCUCACUUGAACCGCACCAUGAAAAAAGAAAAGUGCCACUACAUUGGAAAGAUACGACGGACUCGCAUCAAAAAGUCCAAGCUCGUGGUCAGUUCGCUCUUUGUCGGAACCAAAGAACACAAGGAGCAGGUUGCUGCCACAGUGUAUGACUCUUCAACGCUGCGUUCUCAGGUGGUAAAUGGCUUUCCGGAUCGACUAGUCUAUAGUAUCGUCAAAACGCCUGAGCAAAGCAGCAGCAUGGAGAAUCCUCAAGUCGCCGGCCAACAGGAGCAAGCCGCAUCAACCAGUUCGCAAUAUCCUCCAAUGGCCUCCUGCCCCCGCAUUGACGAUGUCAUUCGCUAUCACUCCGGCGGCAUAUCUGAGAUUGGAGAGCUCUAUGACGGUCUCCAAGUCUUUCGGAAUCGUCAUCGCGCAGAGAGCAAGCAUCAGGGGCCCUUUCUGAUCCGUUUCCGAGGCCGUGGUGCUAGAUCCUCUCAGAGGAACAUACAAAUUGUCCACCCAUCCACAGGUGAACUUGUAUUCCAGAUGGCUAGAUGGAACGAAGACGAGUUCACAGUCGACUUUAAAGGCCCAUACACACCAUGCCAAGCCUUUGCAAUCGCACUGGCACAACUCGAGUCAUAG